GUGGCUCUUUAGGACGUUGGGCCAAGCGAAACUGGAGCGGCCGUUCAAGCGGAUUGCUGACGGAACUAAGCUUACAUAGAGCUCAAGUAUGGGUGUUAAAGGCUUGCUGUCGUUCGUGACCAAUGCCUGUCCAGGUGUGUGUACAGUAGUAAACCUGAAAGAAAUGGCAGAAGAUCACCGCAGCAGUUACCCUGGAUCUCCUCCUGUUAUUGUGGUAGAUGCCAUGUCUUGUCUUCGAAAGUGGUAUACACCAGAAUCUUGGGUGUGUGGUGGCCAGUGGCGAGAAUAUAUUUCUAACCUGGAUAGGUUCAUAAAUACCUUUGCUGCAGCAGGUAUCAAACUGGUGUUCUGCUUUGAUGGACUGGUGGAACAGAAGAAACGAGAUGAAUGGGUAAAACGGAGAUUGAAAAACAACAAAGAAAUAGCCCGUAUUUUUCAGUUCAUCAAGACUAAUAAGCAACAACCUGGGAGACAAAUGUUCUUUAUUCCAUCUGGUUUGGCUACUUUUACACGCUUUGCCUUGAAGUCUCUUGGCCAAGAGAUAAUAUGUUCAUCGAGAGAGGGAGACUAUGAAGUGGCCUCUUAUGGACUCCAUAACAAUUGCAUGGGAAUUCUUGCAGAAGAUACAGACUACUUGAUCUUUGACACGUCCCCAUAUUUUUCCAUUAAUAAACUGUCCUUGGAUAGGCUGGAAACAGUUAUGUUCUCAAGGCAGAAUCUCUGCAGCAGGUUGGGCUUACAUAUAACAGACCUUCCCCUUUUUGCCUGCCUUCUUGGAACAGAUACUGUUCCAGAAAGCGCUGUAAAAGGUUUCCAGAAUCAAUGUGUAUUUUCAUUCUGUGCUAAAAACCAUGGCUCUGAUAAAAAGAUUAACACUAUUCUAGCAGUAGCAAAUCAUAUUUCCACAAUUCCACGUUCAUAUAAUAGUUUAAUGACUUUGGGAGAAAUGUUGCCUUUGCGAUUAGACAGGUCUAUACUUGUCAAAGGAAUAGAGUCUUAUGUUCUACCUGGACAGCAGUCCCCAUGGCUUCCCUGUGACUUCUCAAAUUCUCCAGCAGCGUCAGUCAAACAAGAUAGUGACCCAUUUCUAGAUCAGGAGAUCUUUCAGAUGGCUAAAGAACAGCAUGCACGAGGUGAAAGCCAUUCGGUGUACAAUGUCUUGAGCAGUGGAGAGGUUGAGUGCAGCAACACAUUGGAGGAUGAAUAUGAUACUGAGCUCCCUGGGCAGGCACAUAUCUACCGCCUUGCUCGUCAGCAUAUCUAUUCUGUCCUGUUAGAGUCUGGAAAAGAUGCUUAUGGCACUUAUCCUGUAGUAAAGGAGUGGUUUGUCUAUGCUGGGAAUUCCCUGCAGCAGCCAGAUCUGGUACAGCCCAAAGAACUCCCAGGUGGUACUCCUAGCCUGAGAAUACUUUGGCUCAGCAGGGGACCAGAGGCAGAUAAGCUCCGCCAUUGCACAUUUCUGGCAUGUUUUCAGCUUCAAGAUGCAGCAGAAGAGCUUCAGGCUCUGGACGCUUCUGUUGCCGUUGUCUGUACCUUGUUGAUAUAUCUUGCUUUGCAGGUGGACAGCCUAUCUGUGGAAGAUUUGAAUGCAUUUGUAGCUCACGUGCUGUGCCUUGAGGGGAAGUCAGCUGCUCAGCUUGCAAGCUUGCAGCUUGCCCAAGUUGAUUCGAGAGCUGUACAACUUGGUUCUCUCUUCAUCCGUGGCCUCUCUUUGUUGAUUAAAUGCAACACAGCCUGUGGUUUCCCCUUCAGAGCAGAAGAUUUAAUGCCAUGGCAUAUAUUUGAUGGGAAACUCUUACAAGAGAAAUACCAGCAGGCCCACAGAGGAUGGCCUUCACAUAAGCUUUUGGAAGGCAACGAAUCUUGGUUUUCAAAGUUUAAUAACUUGAUGUCCCUUAUUUGCAAAGUAUGCUCAGCAAAAGGUAGAAAAAUCCAGAGCAGACGGAGAGACGACAGUUUUAUGCCAGGCAACAGAAUACGUUCUUUUUCAGAGAGAAGAGAAAGAGGAGGGGCAUCUCACUUUCAGAACCCAGACAGAAUUCAUUCUCAUCUGUAUCGUCACCCAAACCAGGGAUGCCCAUGGAGAGGCUCCCAGCCACCUGCAUAUUCAUCUGGAUUCCAAAUUCCUGGUCCUGGAUACAGGUCAAGCCGUCGACCUCUAAGGGGGCAAAGAUUCCAGUUUGCUUCUCGAUGGCCUAGAUGACUUUCUACCUGAAUGGAACUAAACAGAAAGAAGAUGACAAUAUGUUUUGAUAAUGUAUGAAAAUAAAUCAUCAAAAUUAAUUGACUACGGCAGUAAAAGCAGGCACAGUAAACUGUUCUAAAAUUAAAGGUGUAAUAUAUAUCUUGUUCUGACCUUACGAGUUGCACAUAUCCUCGUAAAUGAUGGCAGAACUGUGGAUUAGAAGGGGCUCCCUUAAGAAAAGUACAAUUUUGAUUGGACAAUAGCAACUUAUUUUUAAUAAUUAGUCAAAAUGGGAAGAGGCAACAAGUGAUGCUGUACGGGAUCAAUUCUGUGUCUAUCACCAUUCAGUAUUUUCACUAAUGAAGCAGUGAAGGGUAUCCUUAGCAAAUUUCCAGAUGGCCCAAAAGAGGUUUAAAUUGUAAAAACCGUAGAGCAUAUCUUUCACUUUCAAAAUGACUUUGUUCUGAAAACAAUGAAAUUCAAGUCAGAUUUCACCUUAUGAUAUUGAAAAGGUAAAAUCUUCAGACAGAAAUCAGGAGAAAACUAUCUUCAUUAUUUCUCUAUUUUGGUGCUUUUUAAGAAAUCAUAAUUAGGUUAAUAAAUCAAGUAAAGUGUUAAUGGGACAACUACAAUGUGUACCUAUAAUAGCAAAGGGCUACAGCCCAUGCAGACAGGCAAACCCACAAAACAUAAUCAGUCACAGCUAUGAAAACUUUAAAAAAAUGGGGAUUUAAGGACCCAGGAAAGUUAACAGCUAAGCAAUAUCUAUAUGCAUGUCUGUCUCACACAUACACACAGAUUUCAGGUGGCAUUUUGGUUGCCAUAGCACCCUAAAGCAGUGUGCAAAAGUCUUAAUGGCAGACAUCACCAGGAGAAUGGGGUUGGAUGAUGCAAGACAGAGCCAAGGAGAGAUGAUGGGUUGCCAAAUGUCUGGUUUGGACCUGGACAGUCCAGUACUUGUGCUGGCUAUCUUGGAAAUAAAUUAAGAAAAGACUAGACAUACAAGUGUCCAAUAUUUGCUAAUUAAGAGUUCCUGGAAGUGGGUAGUUCCAAAGGGAUGGGGCUGGGAGAAGCUCAAGAGGUAAAACAAAGGAAGUGAGAGAAUAAAGGAGCAAAACAAGAACUCAAACCCUAGGGUUUGGCUGUGGAGGGAGGGCUGGUAGAAGGCAACCUGUAGUUGGUGCUAGUAUUUCCACAGUUCCCCACCUGGGAGGAGGAGGAAAUGAAGCUCCCCCUCCUUGUGCAACAGAGUGGUUUCUCUUACUCCCUGAAAAGGGUCCAUAAGUUAUAUUGUCCAUGUGUUGAGGGUCUCCCAUGUGCUGCAAGGCUUACGGCUCUUUCCUGUGAUUCAAGGUGUUCAUUCCUGGGUUGCUGUUUUUUUCCCUUUCCCCUUUCUCACUUGAGGAACUGCUCUGCCUGCUCCACCUCAUUCACCUCCUCGAAGCUGGCUGACUCUUCUGGCUCCAAUGUGGGAGGAAAAAGACAUCUCCUCCCUCCCUCCCUCCCUCCCUCCCUCUCUCUCUCUCUCUCUCUCUCUCUCAGUAGGAGGCAACUGCAAAACUGAACAGGGUGGGCACAGACCAAGAAAGUAGUGGGAGCAGGCAGGAUGAAGAACUUACAUUCUCAUUGUGUCCUAUAACAAUCAGCUCAACCAUGGUGACAGUCCUGGCUGACCUGAUUUGGGGGGGGGGGGAGUUUUCACUACUCCAAAAUCAGUGCUGCAGUUCUAAAAAUCACUCCAAGAGAUAUUUUUGCCCCUGAGAACCCAUUCUGCCCCUUACAUUUCUCCUUCCUUUGACAAACGGUGCCAUCAGCUUUUGCCCUAGAGACCCUGCCAUCCUGACUCUAGAAGCAGUGAUGGUGGGAUGGAGGGGGGGGGUCAUUUUGGCUUAUGUGUCUAAGGAUUUGCCCUUCCCUGUGACUCCUCAUGGGCCUGUCUGAUCAGAGGUAUGCUGAUCAGAUCAGCAUACCUACGGUACCGUCUCUCGCCAUAUGUUCCCCCGGAGAGCCCUUCACUCAGCAGAUCAGCAUCUGCUGGUGGUCCUUGGCUCCAGGGAGGUCCAUCUUGCCUUAGUCAGGGCCAGGGUCUUUUCUGUCCUGGCACUGACCUGAUGGAACUCUCUUAUAGAGACUUGGACCCAGCAGGAUUUACCAUCUUUCCACCAGGCCUGUAAGAUGGAGAUGUUCCGCCAGGCAUACGGUGGUUGAAGUGAGUGUUCCCCUUCCCCAGUCAGCUUCCUGCUAAGGGGGGGGGGUAUGAUCCCCUCUAGUCUGCUAAACAUCAAGCAUGGGGUUUUGUACAUAGAUGGACUGUGCAAUAAGAAUGCUGUGAUGUUUGUACUGAAGUGUUUUAAUUGCUAUGCUGCCUGAGAGCGGAAUACAAAUGUAAUUAAAUAAAUAAAUUAUCAAGGGUUUAUAGAAGUGCAUAAGUGAACAUGAAAUGUCAUUCUGGAAAAAAUGCUGUGCAAGAAUUAUAUUUAUUUAAAAUUUAUUUAUGUCAUUUAUAAUCUGCCUUUCUCACUGAGACUCAAGGUGGAUUACACAGUAUGAGAUGAGUACAGUCAAUAUCAAGAACAUAUCCAUAAACAAUGCCAUAGGAUAAAAAGAUACAAGUUCACAAAGACGUAGCAUUAGCAGGAAUCCAAUACAACAUAGUGGUGAAGUCUGUGGUUCCUAACUCAUUAGCGGAGCAUCCGAGAUCCCCUCCCUACAGUACAGCCCUCCUAUCUGAGUAAAAAGCCUUUUUUAAUAAUUUGGUUUUGCAUUGUUUGUGGAAAGCCAGGAGAGUGGGGGCUCUCCUGACCUCCUCAAGCAGGCUGUUCCACAGAGUAGGGGCCAUCACAGAGAAAGCCCAUGUACAGGCAACUGUUGAUUUCACCCAUGAGCAGCCUGGCACCUGCAGGAGACCCUGUUCAGAUGAGUGAAGUUUCCAUGGAGGAUCAUAGGGAGGGAGGUGGUUUCCUAGGUAUGACGGACCAAGGCCUUGAAGAGCUUUGUAAAUGAUAACCAAUACCUUGAACUGAGCACAGUAACUAAUAGGUAACCAAUGGAGUGACUGCAGGAUGGGAGUGGUGUUCAUGCUCCUCCUCGCUCCUGAUAACAGUCGAGCCGCAGUAUUUUGCACCAAUUGGAGUCUCCUAGUUAAUUUAGAUGGCAGACCUAUAUAUAGUGCAUUACAAUAAUCAAGUAUUGAUGUUGCCUACUUGUUGGGUUAGAUGCUCUUGUGAAGAUCUAACCCCCAAAAUUCCAAUAAAUAUUGGGGUGAAACAAGGAUGUAUUUUAGCCCCACUAUUGUUCAAUCUCUUUAUAAAUGAUCUGGCUCCUUUUUUUUUUUGCACUGAUCAGACAAAGACUCCUUGACAUUGAGAUUCAGAAUCUUAAGAGUCUUGCAAAAGGCAGAUACUCACCCCUGGGUUUGGGGUUUUUACCCCAUGGGUAUAGGGCAGAAUAUCUUACCUAUUUAAUGGCCCCACAUUAUCGUACAGCUUAUUCAUUAGCUCAGUUUAAUGUGUUACCUUCUGCAAUACUUUAUAGGAGAUUUCAUAAAAUGCCGUAUGCUAACAGGUUAUGCACUUGUGCUCAGCGAGACAUAGAAACUCUAGAGCAUGUUUUCCUGUAUUGUACUUACUGUUGUGAUAUCCAUCCCACACUUACUGAUCCGUUGCUGAGAGAGCAAAUAGGGAAAUCUGAUAAAUGUAAAAUUAUUUUCCUACUGGCUAUUCGGAACCAAAAGUUGAUCAAAACUGUUGCUCAGUGUUUGUGUCUUGCGUCUAUGAGUUGAGUUAUGUAUUUGUAAACUGAGAUAUAACUGCAUGGAGUGUUUUUGUCAUUAAUAUGGAUGUAAUGCCAAUAAAGG